AGUCUCCAGUACUGUGCAACAUCACUGGAAACAGUAGAAUUCUGCCAGGAAGGUCCUAGUGCGUAGUGAUUUACACAAAUAAUAAAUAGACGUGUGUUUCUAUUGAAGAGUAAACGUAAUGUCAAUGAUGUUUCUCUGGCCCUAAUUUGAAAAGUUCAGACACGGCUAGCCAGCUUGAAGUUCGCUGCUUGGCAUGUUAUAAAAUUACUUUAACGGAGUAUUUGGCAGGAGAAUGAGAAGACGACUGAGAGAAUAGUUUAUCUUCAGUUUUUGGAUGAAAAACACAAACCAUACCAUUAAGAGUAACUGCCGUAGGGAAUUUAUUGGACCAAGAUUCAAAAUGCAAACAGAUGAAACCCCCAAGUUCCAAUCUUCCCCCAAAGCCAAUUGCGACAACUGCACAGAUAAGAGGUUUUCGCAAAGUACAAUACCUCAGUCCCUUCAUUUAUGGCCUCAUCAAAAGCAGUUGCUGUUUCAAAAUGUCUCGCCUGCAUUGGAAGCUGCUCCCAGGCUUCUCGUGCCUGAGGAUCAUACACUAAAGAAAAGGAGGAGAGUGUUUUCUAGCCCAGAGGUAGCAAGAGGAUUUGCACUUCACCUGCUGUUUUUUGCUGUAGUUGUACUGGGUUUACUUCACUGGCAUGGCAUGAUACAGCUAUUCCAAGGAAAAAGUUGCAAAGAUGGUGAUCAACAAAUUCAAAGCACUCAUUGGAAGUUGCCAUACUUCACAACCAACUCAUCUGACAUAUACCCGCUGCACAAACGAUUUGUACGGAGCACAAUACCAAGGAAAGACAAACAGGAGAAAAGUUUGCUGACCAUCUACCAGAGAAUGACAGAAGUUAAAGAAAUACUACUGCAAUGUGAAUCUCUUGUAAAAGUGACCAACUAUGUUCUGAGAGAUGCUUUGGGGAAAACUUUGGAGUUCCACCCACUUCCAACCUGUGAUCAGAGGCUGAAUAAUCAGAUUACCAAAAUUGAUCCACUCAUUCUUGUUAGGGUUAAGAUAAAACCACAGUUACUUUACCAAGUCUUACACUUCCUGAAAGAGCUAGACUUGCUGGCGGAUGCUCAUCUAGCAAAAGCGUUCUACAUUGUGAAAAAGCUAAUUAAGCAAAAAAUGAUAUUGGGAAAGACAAGUAAAACCAAUAAUGAACAUGUCUUAAAAUGGCUGAAAAGGAACAGGACCCACAGAAAGUCCUUUAAAGUGGAUUGCCCACAUAAGGCCCCAUAUUUAUUACCCUGGAACCCUGGACAUCAUGAAAAUAAGAAGGUUAAGAUUGGACGGGGAAUGUUCCUAAAACUGGAGUCUUCUGCCUCGCUACAUUCCAUUGUUAUAGAGAACGGGGGUAAACUCGUGUUUAACGAUGCGCCGAAAUCCCCUAUCACUCUGAGAGCUCGCUAUAUUCUGAUCAGGAGCGGGGGCGAGCUGCACAUCGGAGCGGAAAAAUGCCCCUAUAUUUCCAACGCCACUAUUACUCUCUACGGAAAGUCGACAGAUGCAUUAAACGUGGAGCAUUUUGGUCAGAAGUUCAUUGGAGUGGACAAAGGUGGUGUUUUGGAAUUGCACGGAAGGAAAACCUUGUCUUGGACAUUUUUAGCCCAAACUCUCUACCCGGGUGGCUUGCAGUCUGGGUCUUACCGCUUUGACAGGUACUGGGGCAGCAGGGGUAUCAACAUCAGGGUGAUAGAUCCCGGCACGGCCAAGGUGCUCGCAGCCCACCGUUUCGACACUCACCUCUGGGCGGAUGAGAGCAGGCGGCUGCAGGAGUUUUUACGCCGCCAAGCCAGAGGGCGAAUAGUGGCCAUCGCUGUCGGAGACUCGGCCGCCAGGAGACUGACGCGGUCUGCCAGGAAUGACCUGAGCGAACUGCUGGGGAGCAAAGAGGCGAUGUAUCUGGGCUACAGGCAACCAUGGGCUGCGAUUGGAGUUCUUGGUGAAUUAUUUGCUAUGGAAGACAAACAACUGUAUAAGCCUGAUGGGUCAACCGGUAUGGCUAUAGUAAGAAGAGACUUUCAGACAUAUGAUGGGAUUCAUUUCACAGUCACUGCUUUCAGUGAGUGGGUGAGAGGUGUCCCUCACUGUGGCUUUCGUGUAGAUGUGUCAAAUGGUGUUAUUCUUAAUUUAAUGGAUGAUGCCUCAAGCUGGUUGCCUGGUGAUCAAAUAGUCAUUGCAAGCACUGAUUAUUCUAUGCAUCAGGCUGAAGAAUUUGAUCUCCUUCCCUGUCCUGGGUGUAAUAUUUAUCAGAUUAAAAUUGGCAAGCCACGUUACCUCCAUAUGGGCGAAAUUGUAGAUGGAAUCGACAUGAGGGCUGAAGUUGGACUUUUAAGUAGAAACAUCCUCAUAAAAGGAGAAAUGGAGGACUCCUGUUACGGACAAAACUUCUGCCACUUCUUUAGCUACGAUACAUUUGGUGGACAGAUAAAGAUCCUAAGAAACUUUGCCUCGGUUCACUUGUCUGGUGUAGAGUUGACUAACAUGGGCCAGCAGAUACUUGGGAGUUACCCAGUACACUUACACCUGGCUGGAGAUGUGGAUCGGAAAGGCGGCUACAAUCCGCCAACUUAUGUGGACAACCUAUCCAUACAUCACUGUUUCUCUCGAUGUGUGGCUAUACAUAGAACAAAUGGUUUGCUGGUCAAAGAUACAAUAGGGUAUGACACGCUUGGACAUUGUUUCUUCCUGGAGGAUGGUGUGGAGCAGAGAAACAUACUGUAUCACAACCUGGGUCUCCUUACCAAGCCAGGCACCAUCCUCCCUUCUGACCGCAAUGAAAUUAUGUGCAUUUCAAUCCGUAAUAAAGUUUGUGGAAAUUAUAUUCCCAUACCAAGUAAUGACUGCAUGGCUGUCACUACAUUUUGGAUAUCCAACCCUAACAACCACCUCAUCAACAAUGCAGCAGCUGGUGCCCAGGAUGUGGGGAUAUGGUAUAUUUUCCACCGUAACCCUACCGGAGAAUCUGUGGGUCAAUUUCCAGAUGGCCAGUCAGAGUUUACCCCCUUGGGAAUAUUUUACAACAACAGGGUACAUUCUAACUUCAAGGCUGGACUUUUCAUUGACAGUGGAGUGAAGACAACCAAAUGCAAUGACAAUGAUCCCAGGGAAAUUCUUGCACUGGACUUUGCAAGGUUUCGCCCUCAUCAAAAUGCUGACCCCAGGCAGCCACGUGUUCCUGCUGUUAUUGAUGGUCUUAUAGCUUUUAAAAACAAUGAGCAUGGAGCUUGGGCUAGAGGGGGAGACAUUAUAUUCCGCAACUCCGGGUUCUCUGAUAAUGGGAUAGGCCUGACUCUAGCAAGUGAUGGAACAUUCCCAACUGAUGAAGGCUCGAGCAUGGAAGUGACAAGAUCAGUUUUUGUUGGUGAAAGCAUUAACGUGGGCUACAAUGGCGGACAGAACAGAUACUGGGGCAAGGGUGCAUAUGGAGAGUACAGAACAUUGCCAAGAAACAGAACAUUUCCCAUCCGCGGAUUCCAGAUCUAUGAUGGUCCAGUCAGGUUGACACGGUGCACAUUUAAGAAAUACUUAUCUAACCAUGAAAGGUACAGUAGUGCACUUGGAUUCUUUAUGAGGAAUCCCUGGCAAAUCAGCCCCCAAAAUAAUAUAUCUCAAGUCAAGUUGGAGACUAGUGCUAAUCUUGAGGUAUUUUUUGGCACGCCAGGGCAGUGGUUUGGCACCAACAGCCUUGAUGGUGACCAGACUUCUAUCUUCCAUGAUUUGGAUGGUUCAGUGACUGGAUUUCCUGAUACAUUUGUGGUCAGGGCUGAUAACUACUUGGUCCGUCAUCCAGGCUGCCUGAGUGUGCCUAGGUGGAAUGGUGUAAUCUGCACUGGCAAGUAUGCACAGCUCUAUGUUCAAGCAUGGCAUCCAGAGAAUCCAUCUCUCCUGAUUACAAAGGAUUUGUACCCAAACCACCCACUGAAGCUGCAGGGUGUAAAUCGUAGGGCACCCUAUCAGCAGUACCAGCCUGUGGUCAUGCUGGAACAAGCCUACACAUUAUCAUGGAAUGGCAGUACGCCUGAGCAGAUUGUCCUCUACCCGAUCAAUUUUAACAGAGGAGACUGGAUCCAAGUCGGCCUUUGUUAUCCCAGAGGAACAGUUUUUAAAGUCAUGUCCGAUAUAUACCAACGAACAAGUGGAAGAGUGCACAGUGUGAAACAGUACAAAACAGCAUCGUCUUUAAGCAUUCUUCAAAAAAACCCAAGCAAGAGCCUGUACUUUUUUGACAUUGAUUCUGGGAUUCUUUUUAUUAUCCUCCAAGCAAAACAAGCACGCAAAGGUCACAGUUACUGCUCCAAGCAUGGGUGUGAGCGAGUGAGGAUCUUGGCACACAUCAACACCUGGGAAACCAGCUCCUGCUUGCAAACUGGUUAUUCAAAUAAAGACACAAGUGGGCAGGGCCACCUCACGACUCUAACUGGGCGUGUCGCUGCUUCCUGCAGUCAGUGUGGUGCACCACAGGUAGCAAUCACCAGCGAUCCACACAGAACUUACAUCAGAGUUCAGAUACAAUCCCAGAGCAGAAGAGACCUACAAAAUGGCCAUGAAUUUGCAUUCAUUAAGGUGAAUGAUGAAGUUUUGCUCUUUGUGAAGCCGGGGUUGUUUGUUAUCACAGUAGAUGCAUGCUCUGGAGAGAUAUUGGGCAGACAGCACUUUGACACGGCCCAAACACUGCCAAUGGCUGACUCUAUAGCUAAUUACAUCCAAGCAAUUAUUCCAGAAAGAUCAAUUACCCUGGUCUGUUCAAGGGGAGUUUACGCCUGGCCACUAAACCGUGUCUCUUCAGCUUUUCUCAGGAUAGGUGCUGCAAAGCCCAUCAAAUUUUUCAUGGAAGGAAGUUUUGCUAUGUUAGGUUUCAAGGGCCAGCUGACACCAGCAUGGAUUAAAAUUAUAAGCCACAGUGUUGGGCAGCUGGCUGCCUCCGUGCAGCAGUAUGUUCCAUUGAAACUACAUGAAUACGGCUGUCCUGGAAAACUGAAGGAAAAUCGGAAAGAUUUAAAGUUGUUUCAAGACUUAAUGUCUCCAUUCUAAUUUAUGACUAAUGACAAGAAAGGGAGAGAAUUUGUUGACAUACUGACAUUUUUUGUAUCAUUUCUUUAAAUAAAUAUUAUGUACAUGAGUAGUGAGUAAAUGGUUUUACUUAAAGGUAAAUUAACUUGAUGUAAUAUAACUGUGGAGAUGAGCAUACAAUAUUUUUGUUAUUCAUAGUUUUAUUUUGUUGGUCAUAUGGAAAGCGAUUUGUCAUUCUAAGAAAUGAACAGUUUCCAUAAAAUGGACAAAUGCAGUUCUGGUGAUAUACAAACAAAAGUAGAUGUAUUCAUGUGCUUGUUGAUCUUUGGGGACAUGAUGUACUUUCUAGCGUUCAACUACAAAAUGCUCAGUUUUGCGCUUUGUUUUUAACCCCGAGUAUGUGGGAAUAAAUCUUGAAUUGUUCACGAGAGUGGUGGUAAUUAUGAAAAGUAGUAAUUAUGAAAAGUAGAACUGUUCAUAUAUCUCAAAACUUGUAAGUGGUACCCUAAACCCCAGUGGUUUAUAAUAUUGAAAUCCUGUUGGCAUUCAUGACAUCUGAUGUAAAAUGAAUGAAGUAUGCAUGCGGCUAAUUUAUGGUAUAGAUCUUUUCAGAUUUGCAUUAAGCAUGGUUCCUGCAAACAGAACUUCCUGAAGAUUCAUUUGAAAACUAGCUGGGUUUACAGUGAUGAGAUAUAAAGAUUGGGUGUAGAUUGUAAUGCAGAACCAAUAUAACCCAAGUAUAUGCAGCAUGAAUGUUACCAUUAGCAUUAUGUAUAUGGAGAGUUUUCUGCUUUGUCACCCUUCAGAUUUGCAUCUUUGGAUGAUGUAGAUGAUACAGUUAUCAUUAAAGCUGUGUUUUGAAUACAGAACACAUAUUUAAAGCUGAAAUACAUUUAUAUGAAUGACAUAAAUCAAAUUAUGUGUUGAGUUAAAUUUGUAGCUUGCCUCAGUAGAAACUAAUUGUAUGCAGAUUUAUUUACAGAAAAUAAGCUUGGUUCCUAAUUUUUGCUCACUGCUCGGUUUUACUGAGUUACUCCAGCACUUUAUGUCUUUAUUUACUUCCCUUACUCUUGUACCCAAUCCCAACCAAACGAGGGCAAGCAUAACAUAUGCUUCUUUACCACUCCUUUUAUUUAGGCUGCCAUUUUCAGGGAGCUAUGGACUUGGACCCUAAGGUGCUACUGUAGCACCUCAUAGAAUCAUGGAGUGAAACAGCAUGAAAACAGGCCAUUCAGCCCACGGAGUCUGCACCAACCAACAACCACCCGUUGUCACCAAUUCUAAAUUAAUCCCAUUUAUCGUUCUCCCCUCCUUCUCAUCAACUCCUCUUAGUUUCCACCAUUUAUCAAUGUACCUUUGCCCUACAAACCCGCACAUCUUUGAGCUGUGGUUCCAAUCAGGUCCCAGUGACUUACUUAAUGCUCAAAGUAGCAACCUGAGAACAAGAGAAUAGCAAGCACACUGACGUUUUAUACAUUGCAGGCAAUAAUUUCCAUGGGCUUAAUGAAGGAAAUGUUUUCGCCCCCAAGUUAUACAAAAUGACACUGUCAGAAAAUGUGUUAGAUUUAUUAGUGUUUUGUUGAGAUUGAAGCUGAAAGCUCCAAUUGUGCUUUUGGGAACCACCAUAAUAUAUAAACAAAAAUCCUAAGCCUUUAAGAUCUGUAAAUAUUUGUGUGCAAAAGUUUCAUCAUUCCUACCCGUCAGCGCUGCCAAUAUGGAGUUUGCACAUUCUCCAUGGCUGCAUGGCUUUCCCCAAAAGUGCUCCAGCUUCCUCCAGUCAUCACAAAGAUAUGUGUGUUGGUCGGUUAAUUGACCACUGUUCCUGGUGCUUAAGUAGAACAAUGUGUGUAAGUUGUGUGAAGCGAAUAUAAAUGGGAUCAGUGCAGGACUGGUGUAAGUGAGUGCUUGAUUGUCGACCUGGACUUGAUGGUGCUGAAGAGCCAAUUUCCAUGCUGUGUUUGUGACUCUGACUCCAAUUUUAGAGGCUGAAAACUAUAAUGAUAAUUAACCUUGGGCAAGAGAAAAACGAAGUGAUCCAUUCUUUAGAAAAUCUAUUGGAGUUCAACAAGCAGUUAUAGAUACCAUUGGCCAGAUUCAUUGCAACUUGGAAGUUGAUCUGAAGUGUAGUAUAGAGUCUGUUAAGGGCCUCAUAAAAAUCUGUUAAUGUGAGUUCACGGACUAACAGUAUCCCUAUAUCUUAUAAACCAAGUUGAAUACUUUCAUAUUGUACAAUGAAAUUUAGAUUCUUCCAAUGCCUACAAAAUGAUCAUUUUUACUGUGAUAGUUUUCUACCAUUUGUAUAAUUUUAGGGAUCUUUCCUGAAGUAUAUACCAAAUAGUUUUAGAAUUUAAUUUUUGAACAAAAUAAUUGAUGCUUACUACGCUGCUGAUAAUUUCUGUAACAAAUGUCCAUUCUCUGACGAGAUGUUCCUUCAGAUAAAAUGAAAAUCCUUUCCUGACCUGCCUGCCUGCACCCCCCCCCCCCCCCCCCCCCCCCCCCAAUUCAAUCACCAACAUAAAUUUAAGAUUUUCAUCCCAGUGUUUACAUCCAUUCAUGCCUCUGCCUCUCUCCUCCCCAAGGGACCCCAAGCAUUCCCUUCUUUGAGCUCCCUCAAUCCAACAACCUUCCUGCCUUCCAUUUAAAACUUGUCCCUGCUGAAGCUCUUGGUCACCUUUCCAAAUGUUCCCCUCAUUAGCUAAGUAUCCACUUACCAUUUUUAUUGCUCUGAAGGACUUAAAGGUACCGGUACUUUAUAUAUUUUAAGAUUCUUUGUUAAAAUUUCUGCUUUUCAUGAAUCUAAUGCAAAUUUACCUCAAAUUUGUCAUAGUGUUUCGGGAGAUUUGCCCAAGUUUGGUGCUGAAUGUAAAAUUUGCAAUAGCCGGCAGCACUUUAGAAAGUGUUUAAGGUUUACUUUAAACAUAUCUGCUAAUAUAUUUGAGAUUGGUAACUGUGCACUUGCAAAUAUACUUAUUAUCAAGCUAUCUGUAUCAAUGUCUGGUCCAUCACCUGCCAAUAACAAUGUUAAGUAAAUGGAAAUCAUUUUAUAC